UCCGCCCUGCGUUGAGAUUUGAACUGUAGCUUGUGUUCUUAAGCUUUUUAACAAUGGCGCUUGGGAGAGUUGGAAGAAGCUUCAUGGCUCCUAUUUUAGCAGUCAACCUGGUGGUUCAUCUGAUCGUGGUUGGAUUGGCUGGUUGGUCACUUGAUAAGUACAUCGACGGCGAACAAAAUCACCCACAUUUGGGAGGGAAUACAUCGACUAACUUUAUGUUAAUCUUUGCUCUAAUUGCCGGAGCGUUUGGUGCUUGCUCUGUAAUUAUAGGGAUGAUGCAUCUGCAAGCAUGGCAGCACGAAAGUCAUGCUGCUGCAGCUUCUAUAGCCAUUAUUUCCUGGGCUAUGAUAGCCCUGGCUUUCGGUUUUGUAUGUAAGGAGGUCAUAUUAGGGGGACACAGAGGAAGACGAUUGCAAACAUUGGAACUUUUAAUUGCAAUAUCCCUACUAAGUCAAUUGCUGUACUUGGUGCUACUGAAUGCUGGGCUGUUCAAGAGGAGAUAUGGACCAACUGUUGUCUGAGUUCUGUGCCUCUCACUACCAAGUGUUUAGUUAUCUCUUAGCUGAUAGCCACGCUUUGUUUUGUGU